AAACAUCAAUCUCUACAUUGCGAAAUUCUAUUAGUCAACGUGAUCUUAGGAAGGAGGUGCUUAUCAUCAAAACGUUCUUGUGUUGAACUUCUGGUUCGAUCUUCUCUACCAGCGAGACAGGAGGCGUCACAUGGGAAAUAAUACUUUAACCUGGCAGUUUAACAUCCCACUAUCCCCUUGAACCUGUCAUCCAUUCCUCCUCCUGACAUUUGGGGCAUUCAAACAACAUGGCAAAUAUCGGCAGGCUGUCCACCAAGGAUGCUGUACUCUUCCUGUGUGACAUGCAGGAGAAGUUCAGGCCCAAUAUUUUUCAGUUCAACAACAUUGUCAGCAAUGCAGCAAGACUUCUCCAGGCCAGUCGUGUUUUGGGCAUCCCCCCUAUUUUGACUGAGCAGUACCCUAAAGGUUUGGGACCCACUGUACCGGAGCUGGGAGCUGCAGAUCUAACAGCUCAUCCUAAAACCUCCUUUACCAUGAUCAUAGAUGAGGUGGAAAAGGAGCUGCAGGCCCUGGGGAACCCAAAACAAGCUAUUCUGUGUGGAAUAGAGGCACACGCCUGCAUCGCAUGUACAACAUUUGAUCUGCUUGAGAAGGGAUUUGAGGUUCAUAUUGUGGCUGAUGCUGUUUCAUCCAGAAGCCAGACAGACCGCUUGUUUGCUCUGUCCCGACUGAAGCAGAGUGGAGCCUUCCUCACUACAACAGAGGGUGUUCUGCUGCAGCUGGUUCAAGAUGCCAAACACCCCAACUUCAAGGAGAUACAGAAGCUCAUGAUGAACCCGUCCCCUGACACCGGCCUCCUCGCCUUUUUCAGCGCUCUGUAGAGAGAUUACCUCCUGUCAUUGUGUUCCAAUGUCCAGAACGUCACUGCUUCCAACAGAUUAACUCUACACAACAAUAAACAAUUUCUGUUACUUUAA